UCUGUAUAUUUGUCUAAAAUUUGGUUGUCAGCAGGUUGUCAGGUUUGACGUUUUAAAAUCCAAUUAGAGCAAAAAUAUUACAUUUCUGUAUAAUUAUUUGAUGAUAUUAACAAUUAAACCAUUGACCAUAAAACAAUAUAUAAGUAAAGACAAAUGUGUUGAUUUAAAUAUAGAAUGUCUUCGGUCUUAGAUCAAUUAAAACCUGUUAUAAGUAAGACCGGACAGGUUAUAGUGCAAGAUGUACCUGAUUUAGUUCUCUGUAAGCCCCGUUUAAUUCCGUUAAAAAGUUUUACUCUAGAAAAAUUGGAAAAAAUGCAACAGGAAGCUCAAAAUAUUAAGAAGCAGUCCACACAAGAAACCGCAUCAGAGUAGAGUGUAUAAUAUUGUCCCUGGAAUUAAAUUUAGUUACGACUUAAUACAAUCAUGAGUUAUACACCUUUAAUCUCAAAAAUUUUACUCUCCUUUAUUAUAUCAUCAACUGUGCUGUAUCGAUAUGGAAAUUGGUUUAGGCAUCGAAUUUUUGUCACAAUAACUGUAUUAUUAGCUUGGUUCUGUAGUUUUUUAAUUAUUUUUGCUCUCCCACUGGACAUAAUUUCGACUGUAUAUAGUCAACAAAAUCAUACGGAGAUUAAUACUAUUGAUAACUCAACUAUUGAAAUUAUUGAGGAGCCAUGGGGAAACUUACCAGAAAGAGUAUUUAUAAAUUUAUGGAGAACUGUGUAUUGGAGUACCCAGUUUUUAACUUGGUUAGUAAUGCCAAUGAUGCAGUCAUACAUAAAAGCUGGUGAUUUUACUGUAAAAGGGAAACUUAAAUCAGCUUUAGUUGAUAAUGCAAUUUAUUACGGGUCAUAUUUGCUCAUUUGUGGUAUUUUGCUUAUUUAUUUAGCAUUAAAACCAGGCAUCGAUUUAGAUUGGAAUAAGUUAAAAGCUAUAGCUUCAUCAGCUAGCAAUACAUGGGGUCUGUUUCUUCUUGUGCUUUUACUAGGAUAUUCUUUAGUCGAGGCUCCUAGAAAUUUUUGGAAUAAUUCAAAUGCAAGUUUGAAGCUCACUCAAUAUUAUUUUAGAGCUGCAAAAUUAAGUUCAGACAAAUGUGAAGCUGAAGAAACAGUUGAUGAUGUUUUGGAGUCUUUGCAAGCAAUUUCAAUGGCUAUCAGGCCAGGGCAUUAUCUUUAUGAACCUUUGGAAACAAUUAUGCAGAAAGUACCAAUUGAGUUAAAAGACAGGAUGAACAGAAGACAGAUACCUGAAGAUGCACCGCAUGAUUCUCCAACUGAGAAAUCUCUUAUUCGAUUACAUAGACAAACUAUUAAAUCCCUGCAAGUAUUACAGAGAACAGAAACUCAGUGGAACAUAUUAGUGGAUAAAAUUUUUGAAUGUGAAGAUAAUCUCAAAAAUCAAAUAUCGAGAGAUAAGAGGUUUAAAAGAACAUUCACUAAAGAAUCUAACCAGUUGUUUGGCUAUAUUUGCACUCCAGUAGUUGAAUGGUAUUGGAAAUGUUUUGUAACACCGUAUUGUUGGAAAGCAUUGGCCAUUAUUACAGGAAUUAUGUCGGUUGCUAUAGUAUGGUCAGAAGUAACAUUCUUUAGUGUAUCACCUCCAUUGUCAAUAUUUGCAGUUUUUGUGAAUGCAGCCAAGGCAAAUUAUGAUUAUUUUAUGAUUGAGGUGAUCUCAACCUUUAUAAUACUCUACCUUUCGUUCUGCGCUUAUUCUACAGUUUUGAAAAUAAAACUCUUAAAUCUCUAUUAUCUUGCACCGCAUCAUCAGACUAACGAACAUAGUUUGAUAUUUUCUGGUAUGAUGUUUAGUCGUCUCACACCUGCAUUGUGUCUUAACUUUUUGGGACUGAUACACAUGGAUAGUCACGUUAUACAUAGUCAAAUUCAAGAAACUUCUUAUACAAAGAUUAUGGGUCACAUGGAUGUAAUUGGAAUAAUAUCACACGGUUUUAAUAUUUAUUUUCCCAUGGCAAUAUUAAUAUUCUGUUUGGCAACGUAUUUCAGUUUGGGAUCUCGAUUUUUAUCUAUGUUGGGUUUCCAUCAAUUUGUUGGCGACGAAGAAAUGACCACAGAUCUAGUAGAGGAAGGCAGAGAACUGAUUAAAAGAGAAAAAAGAAAAAGACAAAGAGCUGAGGAGUCAUCUAACAGGAGAAAAGAACUUCAGGAUAGAUUGCCCAGUACUGGAAGAUUUAGGCAGAACAAUACUAACGAGGCGGAUCGUCCUUCAGAACAAUUGGAAAGUAGUAGAAUAAGAGAUUCAUAUAAUUUAGAAACGUAUAAUAGAACUACAUAUACAGGUGAUGAUAUAGAUACAAGGUUUCCUCCUGUAGAGGACGAUCUAGACGCCAGGUUUGGAGCCAGUACCGGUUUCGGUAGAAAUUCUCAGAAUUUGGAUACCAGGUUCGCUGACGGUUACCAGUCGGAAGGCAGAAGGGUGGGCAUACCGCCCAGGGGUAUUUUCGACGAUGUCUGAAUUUUAAAUCGAUGUUAAGAUUAAUAAAAAAACACCUCAAAUAGUUAUAAGAAAUUAUGUUAAUAUUGCACUUUUAUUACAAAACUAUUUUUAUGAGAUUAAGAUAAGAUGUUUUCUAGUCUAUGACAUGUAGCUAUUUUGAUUUUUUAUUUUCAUCAUAUUUUUUAAUAAAAAUUUACUCAAAAGUACGUGAGAUUGAGGGUCAUUGUUAUUUACUUGGAUCAGUACAGUUUUAAAUAGGUGGGGUCAGUAUUUUAAUAUACUUUUCUUUUUUUAAAGUCUCUAGUGUUUUUAUAGUUUGCAGUGAUUUAAAUAUUUAUUAAUAGGUUACAUAACUGUUGUUACUUAAUAAAUAAACAUUCCAUAAUGUUAAUGUUUGAGUAAAUACUCAAUAUGUGUAUUUCACUGUAGCUGCUUGUUGUUAUAUGAUAUUUAAUAAAAUAUAGUUUUAAGAUUA